AUGAUAAACCUGCAAGUGCACCAGCUGCGGAGCCCCAGCGAAACGGACCACUGCGAGUGCGGCAACCUGCUGCGCGAAAAGAGCCUCGAAUUUGUCCUAAUCAAAAAUAAAAACCUGAGCAUAUACACAUACCAAAGGAGAAGGAAAAGAAACUAUCUCAUAUACGAGACGAAGCUGAACGCACCAGUAGUGAAGCUCGUCAUCUUGAAGGGUGUCUUUCUCCGCAAAAAUAAGCAGCGAAUUAGUGGUGUUCUUCUCGUCUAUAAGGGUCUUCAUUUCGUCCUCUACAGAUUUAAUCGUCACUUAAAUACCCUCCUUGUUGUCUUAAAACACAGCUUUGUGAAGAAGGCGAAAUUUCAGCCUCUCUUUUAUUCCCUACCCAUUGCCGUUAACUACGUGCACAGGUAUGACAAGGGGGGAGGAAGCGCCGCGGGGAGGACAAUCCGCAUCGGCGGAAGGAAACCCGUUACGGGCAUCACCAGGAGAAGGAGAAUCAGACUGGCCUCCAAACGGUUAAAAGGGUGUAUCCGGGGAUUGCACCCAGGACUACGCCAAGGAGGGGGACGCCCCGAGGAAGAAGUAACCUCGAAAAAGUGGAACGAAAAAGGACGAAGGGGGAAAGCGACACCCGUUGGACACCCCAGUGAGGCCACAAAAUGGGGAGCAAACUCACAAAACGGUGUUGACGAUGAAUUUUAUGCAAACCUCUCCGGUGAGAGGGGGAGAGGUGCCAACUUGGAAGAGCAUUUUUGGCUAGAUCGAUUCGUUCCAGAGGACAUAGACAUUUGGAGUGAGAAGCAGCAGGACUCCCUUCAGCAGCUCUCCCAUCGGAACCCCCUCCGAAUUAUCCCAAACGGACAGACCAGAACGAAUAAGCGAAAUUUGAACUUCUGCGAAUUUGCUGUUUCCUUCUCGAAUGACUUCAAAACGAUUUAUAUCUUUUUUUAUUCCUCGAGGAGAAGAGGAAAAAAUGGUCUUGACCCGACUUGUGCUGGAGAAAUCAGGACCACCUACUUUCGGAAGGACCUCUAUUUGUUUAACAUCGUGAAAGUUAGCCUGCAGGACGUCUAUCGACACUUCAUUUUUAUUAAAAAUAUUUUUUUCCAUGGCGGGAACAUGCACGUGUUGCUUCAGAACGAGCCGAUCAACGUGGGGCAUGCCACCGUGGAGGAACUCAGUCUGAAGCUGCUAAUCCUACGGCAGGAGGAGCACAAGUUUGACGCGAACAAGCUUACGAAGGGAUUCCCAAACGGUACGAUAGACCUCCUGCGGGUGAAGGAGCUGCUAAUAUGCCUCUGUCAGGACUAUGUGUGCAUACUGAAUAUGAGGAGAAAUCAGAAGGUGAUUUAUAUGUUUAAAAAAAGUUGCUAUACCAACGGGGUUUUUCAUCUGCAAAAGGGAGAAACGCUUUUUUAUGAUUGCACACAUUUUAAUGUCCACUUCAAAGAGAGUAGCAGUAACAUGUGCCACAGGAAGGGGAAGAUUUUUAUACUUACCCGGAAGUGCAUCCUGGAAGGAACCCUCUCCAGGGAUCACAACGACAUGGUGAAACUCCUCAAAUGGAGGAAGGUCCACACGUUUAAGUAUGACUUAGCCAAAUCUUCCGUUUGGUUUUUUCAAGGGAGGGUCCACUUCGUGUGCUGCUACAAUGGGAUAUGCGGCCGAGCCGACGUGGAUUUGCUCGUGAGGAGAGGCGGGGGAGGAAAAGAAGGCAGCCCCAUCAAAGGUGGGUUCGAAGGAGGAUCCUCGCGCAAGAGGAAGGCAGAGCUAGAAGCGAACCCAGGGAAACCAGCGAAGAGGGAGAAGUUGCAAAAAGGGGAGAAAGAGCAGAAAGAGGACAAAUGGGAGAACCAUGAUGGGGUACCUCCCAGCGGGGACGUGUCACUCGAUAUAGACGUCUUGGCUCCAAAUGGGGAUCCCGUAACUGCGCCUCUCCCUGUUGUAACGACACGUGGAGACCCGCCCCUAACCACCAGGAGGGUGCAACCGAACGAUAAUUUCCUAAUGGACCUCCUGAUCUAUCUAAACAGAAACCCAACGAUCAACGAAGACACCAAAGGACUCAACCACAGCAAAUACGAUUUCCUAUUUCAAAAAUAUAGAAAAAAGAUUAAAAUUCUGGAAGGCAAUUUUUCUUUGUUAAAUGCCCAAGGGGGAGUCGAGUAUUUCCCUUCCCUUUUCCUCCUCAGGGGAAGGAAAAAAAAGGGGAGAGAAAAAAUAGGAACAUCAAUCCCGCUAGGAGGUAUGACUAACAAGGAAGCAAUUACCCUAGUGGACAAAAUACCAUCCAAGGGAAUGCUAACCGAUCUGAUAAAAUCUAAUGAGGAACCCAGCUUAGUGAACAAAAGCAGCUACUUCGCCCUUAUAGGGAAUAAAAAACAUAGCCGUGUCGAGAAGAUCUUGUUCAGGGUUCCUUUUAGCACUCUGUUAAGUGUGUCCAUUGCGGGAGGGUCUGCAAGGGGUGUAUGUGCCACUGAGGGAGGAAGAGGGAAGCGAAGCUGUCACUAUAUUAUGAUUAACUUCGAGGGAGAGAAACCCGAGCGGGGUGAUGAAGGGGCAACUCAGAAUAAACGGAAAGAUCGGAGAAGCUACGAUAAGGAGAAGACUACCAGUCAGGGUGGAGGCAAUGCACUCAUAGGCAGAAGGAGCCUCCUCCUAUGCGUGGACAGCCUUAAUACAUGGAGAGAGAAAAAAGGGACCAUUACAAAGGGGACCAGCAAAAAGGGGACUCUUUCGAAUGAGAAGAAGGAACGACUAGUGGAUGAAGCAACAACUAGUGGGUUACACUCUUCCGACGGGGGGGAGAACCCAAGGGGAGCUCUACUAAGCGACCAUCGCGCCAGAGUUAUUUACACGCUAAGGGGAGACACACAGCAAGGGGAACCAUCUCACGAGGUGGAGUUCCCUCCAACGGGCACCGCCAAGGUGGAUACCUUCCGUGCCUUCUUCAGAUUCUACCCUUUUGUUCAUUACAGAAAUAGGGAUGUAAGGAGAUACCUCGAAGGGUUUUCCAAUGGUGGAACGGACCAUUUUCUUCACGGAGGAAACGAAUCGGAGGAGCUAUCUAGGGGGACGAGCAUCAAACGGGACAGAAAAUCCCAGACCAAAUCGAAGACCAAAUCGAAGACCAAAUCUGAUGGAAGGCGUACCUCUUCCCAGAGAAGUCACUUCCAAAUUCAAUUAAAACAAAAAUAUGUGCAGUUUUUCCUAACUGAGAGAAGAAAAAAUACACACUUAAGUAUGGAAGGGAAGUGCAUAGCUCUCUUAAGAUUUAAGUCUUUACUAGUGCAGGUCUGCCGCAAAGAGAUCAACGUGUCGCUUUAUGCCAACACAUGCAUGGUGCUUCGAAACGUACCUCUCAAAGAAGCAGUGGUGGAGUGUAAGAUGGUGAGGAAGUUUCUAAUUCUUCGGCACGAAAGCGGCAGCUGCUCUGUGUACGCUUUCCACGUGGACCAAGUGACAGACCUGUUGCUUCGGAUAGACCAAGUGACGUCGUUACUUAACAUGUGCCUUUUACGCUGUCUAGAUAUGGACACUGGGGAGGAGGAAAUUAACCUCCUCCGGUUUGCCACCUCCGUGAGGGAGCAGCAGCAGCAGGAAAGGAAGGAGGAGGACCACGAGGAUGACGCCGACCUGCUCUCCCUCUUUCGAACCAAAACGCCGCACACUUUUUGCAAGGUUGUAAACAGAAUGGGCGGCUCAGACGUAGGGGAAAUUCUCUCCCUGUAUACCCAGUUAGACAACGUCCGCUGUAUAUCCACGGUUAAGAAGAGAUCCCAGAGCUUCCUCUCCUUCCUGGAUGAUGCGAACUGCACCCUGCGCAUUUUCCACCUGGAGAAGAGGCGCACCCUCUUUGUCAGUAACCCUCUGUUAGCGGUACCCAAGUAUCUCUACAACGCGGAACGGAAAAAAGACGCAGAACAGGCAGGUCGGGAAAAACUCGCUCAAAUCACUCCAGAGGAGGGAGAGCUUCCCCCCGCGGAACCCCUCCUCGACACAUACAAACUGGAGGAGGUAAUAAAUGUUCUCCUCUUCCCACUGGGCCCCAAUUACGUCUUAAUCGUCUUCCUAACGGGGAGACCCAUAAUGAUAUACAAAAACGUUGGCCAAGUCAGAAGCAUAAAGAGGCUGAAAUUCCAGGUGGUAGCACACAGGUACACACAGCCUCUGCUCAGUAACGUUCAUUUUGUAAAAGACCCCAGGGGUGAAAAGAUAGAAGUUGUCACCGUUUCGCGCGACAAGGCAGAGGUAAAUAACGGUUUCGUCGUCUAUAUCGAUGGAAGGAGCAGAAGGAGGAAAGAAUCGGACAAUCUGACACUCCAAAUGAGGGAGAAAAAGAAGAAAAAAAAAUCAUCAAAAUGUAUAGUAGGUUAUCCCUAUGUGGAUAUCUCGAAGGUAGACCUAAGCCAUCUGAGUGGUACUCAGAAGGAGCAGCUGUACCAGAAGGUCCGGGCCUACAACGCUGUUUUUCCCCCCCUACUGUUGUCCAAUUGUAGGGGCAAGCUAUUUGUUCAUCGCUGCGGUGGGGAGGGCGAAGCGGCAAAGGAGAGCCGGGGCGCAGCAAAGGAGGCACAACCCAGGAGCAUCGUAAAAAUUGACCGGAAUGCCUUCCUCAGGGUUGACGCAACGAGCCUUCGCAUCGUUACCAUUGGGGAGGAAGAAAAAGUGUGUCCAACGGGUCCAGACCGAGAUGGCAGUAGAGAUCGAGAUGACAGCAGAGACCGAUCUAGCAGCAGAGACCGAUCUGGUCGCAGUGACCGAUCUGGCAGCAGAGAGCGGGCUGGCAGCAGAGACCGAUCUGGUCGCAGUGACCGCUCUGAUCGCCGUGACCCAACUCACAGGGAAUCCCAGUUAAAGCGUGACGUUGGGCGAACGCUAAGUGAGGCUUGUCCCCCCCUGAAGGUGACCUGCCACCACAGCAACGUCGACACGGUGCAAGUACACGACGACGUCUUCCUUGUAAGGAGCCCCCCUCCCAACAGACUCUCCUUCAACGAUGAUUUCAUCUCGAAGAUGUUUUUGUCCUACCCGUACGUCUGCAAAAUUGCCGUUUCGCAGUUUGAGUACGUGCUGAAGAGGGGGAAAGGACGCCAAGAAGGAGACGAAAAAGGGGGGCAAAAGGAGGGAGAACAUGAGGGCCAAAAAAAGGGCGAAAAGGAGAGCGAAAAAGAGGGCCAAAAAAAGGGGGCGAACAAACCAACCGCCACCACAGUCGACACGGGGGAGAAGGCGAAUCAGGCCGCUGCAGUCAACCAGCAGGGUAACCCACCCGUACGGAGAGGCACCCGCGGAAAGAUUAUCUGCGCCGUCGUUCGAAUCAAGUAUGACGAAUAUCACUGCCUGAAAAAACUACAGAAAAGGAGACUAAACCUGCAAAAGGAGGAACUCCGAAGUAACCUUGCCUAUGCAGGGGAGGAACAUAUGCAAUGCGUGCCAAAUGUACACCUCCAGGACAGCAUUAACAAUCAAUACACGCACAAGCUGAAGGGGUUCCUCUGCAGAGGCAGCGACGAAAACGGGAAUGACAACGAGGAAGAGGCAGCCACAAGGGACGACGAAGAGGUUAUGAGCCAGAACAACAAACUGAUUUGCUCUGCGAAAACGAAUGCAAAGUUCAGUAAGUUACUCCUCUUACACGAGGGUAGCAGAAAACGCGUCUAUGGAUACUACACCUUUGAGCAUAGCGAGGAAAUCCACUGUGUCUCGUUUGGCUGUCUCCAUGGGAAGGAGUAUAUUUACGUCAGCACCAGUUUGAACAUCGGCGAGCGGGUCGAGACGCAGGGCAACAUCUACGUAUUCGAUUUGAGCGGCGUGUUCGCGCGGGUGGGGGAGGAUCCCAUCAGGGGAGGAGAAGAGGAAGGACAAGAAGAAGCGAAAGAAGGAAAAGAAACAGAAAAGGAAGAAAAAGAAGCAACAGAAGCAGCGGCAGACGGAGAACACCGGGAAGAGGAAGAGAAAGACAAAUCCUCCCCCAGCGGGAAGAGCAAAAAAGGGAAGCUCUCCCUUUACAUGAAGAAGACGUAUAACAGCCCCGUGACGCAGAUCCACCCCCUCUACAUACACAGCGAGGGGUUCCUGAAUGGGCGCCUGGAUACUGCCCUCCAAAGCAUCAUCCUCAGUCAUGGCGGCGACAUGAAACAUUGUGGUAAGUACAGUGGGAGAAGCCAACACGGGGAACUACUCUCAGGAGAGGAGGAACUUUCCUAUUCGCCCAACGGGAACAUCAUCAUGUCAAGGAGAGCGAAGCAGAAAAGUAGAAAGGUCGACCCAAACGUACACUGCAACAUCCUUCAUUGCAUUAAUUCGAAGAUCUUUAUUCACGAAGUGAAUCAAAAUGACUUCACCAAAGGUGCCUUCCUCGACAAUAACUUCUUCAUCACUGACAUUAAGAUAGUAAAGAAUUUUUUCAUCGUAGCAGAUCUAUACAGAGGCAUAUACAUAAACAUGUACAAUUAUGAGGAACAAUACGAUAGUCGAAGUAUCAUCCCGAUAGCCAAACCGUUUUGUAGUUCCAAUCUGAACAUACUCUGUUGUCAGUACCUCGUUUUGGAUAGCCUCCUGUGUAUCCUUGCCAUGGAUGUCUUCAAUAACUUGCUCAUUUUCUCAUUCCGGAGCCAUCAGUCUGUCGAUACCUUGUACCUUUUUAGCAUCUUCAACUUCAGUAGAAGGAUCCUUAAAUAUGUGAAUGCUGUGCAUCCAGAUCGGCGAUCAAACUCAGCCUUGUCCAUUUCGAACGAUGGGUCUCUUCAUUUGUUUCACCCGCUUAGGAGUAACUCCUUUGUUUUCUUCAGAGAGACUUAUAACAUCGUUAGGAUGUCUCUCUUUCCCCACUUGGCCCUCAAUGCGCAUGCAGAUUUGAUCCCAGAUGUGUUUACCCAAUCGGCCAGACUGAACCUCCACAUGAAGAGAGACUCCUUCUCCAUCAAGAAUGUCCUCUUUGACGACAUGCUACGGUGA